AUGCAACUGAAAAACAUUAAGAAAGGCCUUUACAGACAAAGAGCUCAUGCGAAUCCGUUCAAGGACAGUAACAUUGUUAUUCCUUCAAGCCCACAGUCUGUUGACUGGUCCUCCUACUUUGAGUCGAAUAAAAGGCCGGAUUUCGUUGACAUAGGAUGUGGAUACGGAAAGUUUCUUAUGAAGGUUGCUGAGAAGAACCCAGGGCAUAAUGUACUAGGGCUUGAAAUUAGAGACAAAGUGUGCGAGUACGUUAGAGCAAGCAUAGAAAACCUAGGGAUUCCAAAUGCUGGGGUCAUGAGAACAAACGCGUUGAUCUUUCUGCCCAAUAUCUUCGGUGGAGGUCAGCUGUCCAAGAUUUUUAUCUUGUUUCCUGAUCCCCACUUCAAAAAAAGGAAGCAAAAGGGGCGCAUUGUGUGCCAACAGAUGAUGGAGAUUUAUGAGUAUUUGCUGAAGAACAGAGGGAGAUUAUAUAUAUCUACCGACGUGGAGGAGUUGUUCGACUACAUGGUGGGUGUUAUUUCAGCACACAGAGGAUUCAGGCCGCUAACCGAGGAAGAGAUGAAUGAAGAUCCACUAUUCUGCAUGACUUCCAGGGAUACGGAUGAAGCUCUAAGAGCUGGGGUCAAGACAGGGAAGGUGUUUUCCAAGGUUUUUGAAAUAAAGAAAGAUUGA